UCCUCCAACUCAAAACCCCUUCAUUUUUUUCUCCAAACAUACCCAAAAAUUUUAUACCCUUCAAUUUUGAAGUUUAAUUUUUCAAAUAUCAACAACAUGACUGUUGAGGUUUCAUCAGUCGAACAAACCCAGAAAGAAGAGGUUGUGAUUUCUGAAAGUGAUGCUAAAUUGGUCAAUGAAGAGUCCCAAAAUGUUGAGGAAAACACCCAAAAUGUAGAGGAUGAGCCUAAGCCAAAAUUGGUUGAAAAAAGCUCUUCCUACAGAGAGGAGAGCAAUUACCUCUCCGAUCUAAAGGACGGCGAAAAAAAGGCGUUAUCUGAGCUGAAAUCGAAGGUCGAAGAAGCAAUUUCGACGAAUACCCUCUUUAAAUCAGAGGAGAAGAAGGAAAAGGAAAACCAGACAGACGAGAAGAAGGAAAAAUCAGAGGAAACACCGGAGGAAGGCGAAAACCCAGCUGAGGAAUCUAGCAAAGAAGAGGAAUUAGAGAAUAAAAUUGAGGAUAUUUCCAUUUGGGGAGUGCCCUUAUUGCCUAACAAAGGGUCAGAAGGUACUGAUGUUAUUUUGCUCAAGUUUUUAAGAGCUAGGGAGUUUAAGGUCAAUGAGGCAUUUGAGAUGCUUAAGAAAACCCUUGUUUGGAGGAAGGAUUCCAAGAUUGAAUCCAUUUUAGAGGAGGAUUUAGGGGAAGAUCUUGCAAAUGCAGCCUAUAUGAAGGGCAAAGACCGCGAAAACCAUCCGGUUUGCUACAAUAUUUUUGGGGUGUUUGGCAAUGAAGAGCUUUAUCAGAAGACUUUCGGGACCGAGGCGAAAAGGGAGCAAUUCUUAAGGUCAAGGUUUCAAUUCAUGGAGAAAGGUAUCGAAAAGCUCGAUUUUAGGCCUGGGGGUGUUACUUCAAUUCUUCAAGUUUAUGAUCUCAAGAAUUGCCCUGGACCUUCUAAGAAGGAAAUUAGAAGUGCUACUUUCAAGGCUGUUGGACUUCUUCAGGAUAAUUACCCUGAAUUAGUUGCUAGAAAUGUAUUCAUUAAUGUGCCAUUUUGGUACUAUGCUUUUUAUUCCCUUAUUUCACCUUUCUUGACACAAAGAAGCAAGAGCAAAUUAGUUGUUGCUAGGCCAGCUAAAGUUACUGAAACUCUUCUGAAGUAUAUCCCAUUGGAAGAAAUUCCAACACAGUAUGGUGGGUUCAAGCGCGAAAGCGAUUUCGAGUUUAAUUCAGAAGAUGGUGGAGGAGUUACCGAAAUCUGCUUGAAACCAGGAUCAACAGAAAUAAUUGAGAUCCCAGAAGCUGAUGGUGGAGCAACAUUAAUAUGGGACAUGGCUGUUUUGGGAUGGGAAGUGAGCUACAAGGAGGAAUUUAUUCCAACAGAUGAGGGAUCUUACACCAUCAUAAUCCACAAGGAGAAGAAGAUGGAUUCGGUUGAAGAGCCUGUUCGAAACUCAUUCAGAAACAAUGAGCCUGGGAAGGUUGUGCUUACAAUUAAGAACCAUUCCAAGAAGAAGAAGCGCGCCUUUUAUCGAUACAUGAAUCAGAAGAGCUGUUCUGUGUGAGAUAAUUAAAGGCUGGCUAAUGGAGGGUUUGUGUUUAUAUGUUCAUUUUGUUGCUGGUUUAGAGGAAAUUAUAGCUUUCUGUUGUGGAGAAAAUUCUUUUAGGAUGAUUCUUGUCUCAUUCUUUUUAGGUGAAAUUUGAUGUAUUCAUUGUUCUGAUUAAUUAAAUUCUUCAAAGCGAAAAUGUGAAUCCUUUUUUCUAA